AUGUCCGCCUCCCCUGCCCGCAUUCCCCUCGGUGGGCCGACGGCCAAGCUUCCGUCCGACUCGGUGUUCCGCAUCGAGAUCAACAAGGACCGGCAUAAGUUCGGCUGCGCCCACUGGACCUUCUUCGCUCCGGAUCCCCAGGAGGCCGGAAAGGAGGACGGCCCGGUGCGCGCCGAGUGCGAGCGCCUCCACGGGCACAACUACUAUAUCCGGGUGUACUUCCAUGCUCGCGGGUCCCUGACCCAUGCCUCAGUGUGA